AUGGAAAACUAUACAUACAACAGUCUCACUCUGCAGCUUGAGGGGUUAAAGAUCACAAAGACUAACAAGUACCCGAUCUUUAUCUUUCUACUUUUGAGCUACAUGUUCAUCUUAAUUGCCAAUGUGGGCAUUGUGAUCUUGAUAUGGACAGAAAAAAGCCUUCACCAGCCGAUGUAUCUUCUCUUCUGUAACCUGUCGAUUAAUGAUGUUAUGGGAAACUCUCUACUGGUUCCACGGGUGCUUGCAGACAUCCUGGUGCCUCCUUCUGAUCGCCUCAUUCACUACUAUGAGUGUGUGAUGCAAGCUUUUACAACACACAUGUUUGGCACCAAUGCACAUACUGUGCUCAUGAUUAUGGCGUUUGACAGGUAUGUGGCUAUCUGCAAUCCACUGCACUACUCAAUCAUAAUGAAUGACAAAAUGGUGAUAAAGCUGACAGUUUCUGCCUGGGGAGUGGCCUUUGUCUUGGUGGCCAUUCUGCUCAGUCUGACCAUACGGCUGAACCGAUGCAGGACUCUGAUCACAAACCCUUACUGUGAUAAUGCCUCACUCUUUAAACUCUCCUGUGAGAGUGUGUUUAUUAAUAAUGUCUAUGGCCUUACUUUCACUGUAGUGUUGCUCUCGUCCUCUAUUGGCAGUAUAAUACUCACCUAUUUUAAAAUCGCAGCCGCCUGUCUGACUAAUAAGAGUAACUCUUUAAACAGUAAAGCCUUGAAGACCUGCAGCACUCAUCUUUGCCUAUAUCUCAUCAUGUUAGUCAGUGGGAUGAUCCUCAUCACCCUCCACCGCUUCCCUCAGUAUGCAGAGUACAGGAAAAUUUCAGCCAUUCUUUUUAAUGUUGUUCCUGGCAGCCUGAACCCUGUUAUCUACGGACUGCAGUCCAGGGAAAUACAUAAGUGUUUGUCAAAUAUAUUAAAUCUUAAACUUGUUAAGUCUGCUCCUCAUAGUGGGAGCCAGGAGAUUUGCCAUUUUCUGCACACUGCCAUGUCAUGGAAGCUGCCUUACUGUGGCCCCAAUGUGGUGAGGAAUGGCUGGUGCGACCUGUUGUCUGUACAAAGGCUGGUGUGUGCUGACACCUCUAUGGAUAACAUUGUGUCUGUUUCCUUCUCCUGUGCUCAUAGUGGCGCUACUGAGCACAGGAGUAAAUGGCUCAGCCUCUUUGCAUACAUCUCCUACCGGGUGGGAGACUUUUCACCAGAGGAUCGUAUCAUUGUGUCUGUGCUGUUCUCGGCUCUGACUCCUUUCCUAAACCCAAUCAUCUACAGUCUGAACAAGGAGCUGCAAGAGUCCAUCAGAAAGACCCUUAGCAGGUUCAGACCUGCUGCUGUAAUGGAGCCUGUAAGUCUGUCAACGCCUAAAUGGGAAUGAAAAUCAGCCAGUCUGCUGACCAGACACCCACAAUCUGGACUCCAAA